AUGCUGGAGUACGCGCAGCUCCGGGUUACAAGGGUGGUCCCAGUGGCCAAUCGGCCCUGGAAACUGCCCGCCCGUCGAGCUCAAGCGGAAAAAGCUCUAGCGCCCAGCCGGCCACGCCUAAACAGCGGCACAAGCGAAGGGGAAACCUCGGAGGGGGGCCAGACAAACAAAUCCAACAAGAGGGACCGACUAGACGACACCAUCUCACCGAAGGUGUCAUCGAAACGUCCCCGUACAACCCACACAAGAAGGGAUGGUGAGGCUAGCUACGCACAGGCGACCCUAACUCACCUGAACGUGGCUAUCACCACCAACCCCCGGACAGACCUAACAGACAAAGAAGCCACAGACAUUAAAGACCAGCUACAGAAGGCUAUCUUCACUGUAGCAGGUAACCACAAAGGCAUACCAUCAAACAUACCCUUCGCCCCCAUAUUCCUCGGCCGCACUACCCUACAUGAAGGAGUGCUGAAGCUGAAGUGCAGGGACGAUGAGACACUGGCCUGGCUGAAAGGGAUCGUCCCGACGUUCAAGGCCCCGAGGGUAGGUUUUUGCCUCACCCUCAUCGAACAACGUCAGCUAAGGCCCAAAGUCAAAGCCGCCUUAUACGUACCCGACUACCAGGGGGACGCAGACUUCCUACACAAGAUAUUAAUGAGCCAAAACAGAUACACAUACGCUGUCAGCUCAUGGCAGCUUAUACACUAUGAUGUCUCUAAAGGAGAUCGUCCUGGGAUGCUCCUAUAUCUAGGAAUACCCAGAGACGAAAUACAAAAACUUCUCGCAGAGGGCUGGAGGGUUGCAUACUCCCACGGGUCCAUAUACAUCCGGUUCUUCACGCCUGAAGGACUCAGCGAUGUACCACCAGAGGAGGAACCUAAAACGGUCGAUGACAAUAAGCCCACAGACAUGGAGACGGACAAACACACCGACAGACCUCACACUGUAGCUUCAAACACACCGACAGACUUACAGACUGACAAACCCUCCCAGACAGACACACUACCAAAACCCACACAAACAGACGGAACAGACGGACGCCAAGCAUCCCUACUCCCGACCGACAGACAAAUCCCCAAACUGACAGACGAACCAGAUGGAUCCACCCUGACGACAAACACACACAUGGAUGAAGUCAUCAACCCUCAAAACACACACCCUGCCAGCACUCCCCAGGACAUGGAAGAGGUGUUGACGCCUUUAUCACAGGUGUCCGCCUCACCAGUGUCUUGGGAAGCACUGGUGGAGACGGAU